AUCUCAUCUAAUUUCCCUUGUUUCUUCCUCCGUGAAGAAGCGCAUCCAAAUUGUGGCACAGGAACGCCCUCUUGUUUUCUCUUUCGCCACAAAAAUCCACAAUUCUUCUCACUUUUUUUUUUCUUUCAAUCCAUAACUAUUUGUCUUGGAAUUCAAUCUUAUCUUUCGAAGUUUGUAUUUGAUCCUCAUGAAUCAUCAUUCUGCUGUGUAUGUCGACCCCUUUUUUCUAUCUUAUGGCUGCCACUGACGACAACAACAACAACAAACCCAAGGAUUAUUACAAAGUGCUGGAGAUUGAAUAUGAUGCAACAGAUGAAGAUAUCAGAUUAAAUUACCGAAGACUCGCCCUGAAAUGGCAUCCUGACAAACACAAAGAUGAUAGUGCUGUUACUGCAAAAUUUCAAGAGAUAAAUGAAGCUUACAAUGUAUUGAGCGAUCCUGCCAAGCGUUUAGACUAUGAUUUAACUGGGGCAUGUGAGAUCGAGAAGUAUAGCUUGCAGGAAUAUCUUGCCAGAUUUAAAGGAAUGAUUCUGACCUGCAAUGGACUUGGUAUCAACAAUGAAGACAGAUGGUCACAACAAUUGAUUGAAGAUUUUCAACCACUAGAUAAAUAAGACAGGCAUGCUCAUCUCAGUUUUUAUGAGAAGAGUUAUGAAUACCCAGUUUUGCUGCGAUUCGAAACCUCGAUAGUUGAGUAUGCUAUGAUGAGUUAUCAAUACCAAAAGAGCCUGGUCUACUUGUGAAUCAUUUUGUGACAUAUGCGGCAUAUGUUAUAUUGCUCGUGUAUAUUUUUUAGUUUAGCUACUAAAAUGUACUUUUGGAAUGGUCCAUUACGAACCUUUAUGUAUGUAUUACAAGCUUGUAGGUAAUAUACCUCCUUUUACUUGUGUAUUUGAUCUGACUAAUCACACUCUUAAUUGAAUGUUUGAAUUAGCAAUGAGAUUAGAUUUUAUGAAAAAA